AAUCUAACUGGAGGAGAGUCUGUGUCGGUGCUCGGAGGGAAUUCCUUCACUGAAAACCCCCACCACCAAACCUUUAACGAUCACGACUUUCAUUUUCUAGCUAGACCAUUGUAUAUCCAACAUUUCCACUCUCCUUUAGUCUAUUAACGGAAACACCAAAAAAAAAAUAUAUAUAUAUACCAGCGCCUCCAACACUUGAUAGAAAAGUAGACCUAUAAAAUAUAUAUAUAUAAAAUACCUUUGAAGAUGGCGCGUGAAAUUCUUGCGUGUGUUUUGGGGUGUCUGCUCAUGGCGUGCUUUAGCCUGGGUCACCGCAUGCCCAAUUUCAUAGCCCAGGAUGACCUCAGCGACGGCCAGCACGAGAUCCGAAUUCACUUCAACGGGGUCAACGCCAAGCAAACGUCAGUGGGACACGACCAAGGAAGCGAGAGCGGCCUCGUCCUCCGCCAGAUAAGUCACCACCGGCACCUGCUUACCCUCAUCUACGUGGGCGAAGUGACGGACCGGAUCAGCGUGGACGGUCUCUCGCUCAGGGACUGCGAGCUCACGUCGGAGGAGGAGCAGGUCGAGAACUUCAUGCAUGAGUUCAAGGAUGAUGCAGAGCUCGCGAUGGACACGCCUAAGGGAUCUUGGUCUGGGCCGCUUCAUAACAUCUCUUUCGUACACCUGUCCGAGGAGGCUGAACUUCCGGAAUACCUGAGGCCUGUUGUUCACUUCCGACAGCUGAGAGCCCAGUGCAAGGACCACCACCGUCGCGUCCGGGCUGGAGUGAAGGCGCAGAGGCGUUCGCACAAGAGCCACGACGAACCCGCCAGCGUAACGCGAGACGAGAACAGCGAACUCGGAGUCUCUCACGCCAGGCCGAAGCGGUGGGUGCUGAACGAGCUGCUCAUCUUGCCUGGGACCCACUGGUGCGGCAACGAUGACAUGGCCAGCUCCUACAGCGAUCUCUCGGGCUUCGUGGGCGCCGACUCCUGCUGCCGCACCCACGACAUGUGCCCCGUCAACAUCCCCGGCUUCACCCGCAAGUACGGCAUCUACAACUCGCGCCUCACCACCAUCUCCCACUGCAUCUGCGACGAGAGGUUCCGCGCGUGUCUCCGCAAGUCGAAGACGGGCGCAUCCAACAUGGUGGGCACCGUGUUCUUCGACGUCGUGAAGACCCGCUGCUUCGUGUUCAAGAUGGAGAAGACCUGCAAGAAGUGGUCCUGGUGGGGCAGGUGCGAGAAGUACGGCAUGGAGAAGGUCGCCAGCCUGCGCGACCCCAUCCCCUGGAGCUCCUGAAUUCACUGAGACGCUUUUUCUAGAAUUAGAAGCCGGACGCGACCGCCACGAAGGAGACGGAAGAGACGGAUCUUCCUGGCGGUUCUGGAAUAUUUCGGUGUUCGAAGCAGCGGGGAAUGGGAUUUGAAGGAUGGGCCGUUUUCCAACCUGUUUCUCAAGGCUGUUAAGGCAGAAAGACGCAGCGGAUGAUUCUGGCUACAUUUUCGGCCAUCUUCUAUUACCUUUUUCUGAACUCCACCUCACCCUUCAGUCUCCUUCUCUCCAUCUCCGAGGAAUUCUAUCAAAGCUUCUCAUUCCUGGAGGAUGAGCCUCGUCUCCAGCCCCCCCACCCCCUUUCCCCUCACCCCUUCCUUCCUAUCCAUCCAUCCCUCCCUCCCUCCCUCCCUCCUUGUCCUCCUCCUUCGCUUGUUCCUUGCUCCCCUCCCUCCCCCCUCCAAGAGGAUCUGCCCCUCCGAGCCGCGUUGUUACCAAAGAAGGACAGGCGUCCCCAGGAGGAGGCUGGUGCGAGUCCAAGCGAGUCCCUUGUGGUUCCUAGCGAGUCCCUAGCGCUCCCCCCCAGGAGGCUCUUCGCGGGCGCCUCGCUGUGCCAUGUGUCAGUAUGGACCAGACUCUUCUGUGUUCCAGUUUGAAGGUACCUGAGCGAUCAUCAUCUACAAAAGUAAAGGCGUAUAUAGGUUUAUAGAGGAGUUUAGUACAGGUAUAUAUAUGUGUGUGCGCAUGGAAGUGUGUAUGCGGUUGCGUUUGGGUAUAUGUAUAUAUGCAUUUGUGUAUGCAUAUAUAUAUAUAUAUAUAUAUAUAUAUAUAUAUAUAUAUAUAUAUAUAUAUAUAUAUAUAUAUAUAUAUAUCAUGAAUUUAAAAUGUAUGUCAUAAAUAUAAGUGCUUCUAAACGCAUUUAUAUAUAUAUAUAUAUAUAUAUAUAUAUAUAUAUAUAUAUAUAUAUAUAUAUAUAUAUAUAUAUAUAUAUAAAUACAUGUUGAAGCACAUUCCAUGUUAAUUCUAGACAGUCAAGUGUUAUCCACGUUUAGUUCCGACAAAAAACUCUAGAAUAUACUUAACUCUGCCGUCCGGUUCUGGAGAAUCUGUGUAUGAUGAGCAUUAUAUACUAUAGCUAUGGCGUUUCCACUGUGGAACAAAUAAAAUCAAAACUAUGAGUAUCCAUAAAACUGCAAAGAAGCAUGUCUAAUAGUCACCCUCAUCACCAAUAGUCGUCGCAUUUUCUCAUCGUUUUCACGUUCCCGUCGCCGUCACAGUCAUCUCAUUCAUUUCCUUGUAUAUCUUCCUAGCGAGUGGUGACCCCGCCAUGUUUUCCGGUGCUGUUCAUAUUAUGCACGUUACGGUUGUCCAGUCCGGCAACGUAUAUAUAUAUAUAUGUUCCUUUUUUAUAACGAAUAGUCUUCAGCUGCAAUGACUUCGCAGUGGAGCUUUCGUCCUGUUGUAUGAUCGGUCUUCUAAAAUAGUCUUGUAAAUAGUCAGGCAUUUAAAGAGAGAGUGUGUGAAUUACGUCCAGUUUAGAAUGGCGAAGAGAAUGCAGGAGUUUUGGCCAAGAAUGCGUCCUGUGAAUAACUUGUUCAGUGUUCGUUUCGUGUCGUGUUUUUCAUGUGUUAAUUCGUCGAGAGAGAGAGAGAGAGAGAGAGAGAGAGAGAGAGAGAGAGAGAGAGAGAGAGAGAGAGAGAGAGAGAGAGAGAAAUA